CUUCUCUUCCUCUGUGGCCUUUUGGUGACUGGGCCAUGUGCUUUAAUCACCACGGCUGUCUCCGCGGAUCUGGGUACCCAGCCUAGUCUCCAAGGCAACUCGAAAGCUCUGGCUACAGUCACUGCUAUCAUUGAUGGAACGGGCUCUUUGGGCGCAGCCUUGGGUCCCUUCUUGACUGGAGCUCUGGUACCCUAUGGCUGGUUUACUGUCUUCGUUAUGCUCAUUGUCGCGGACCUGUUAGCUCUUGUGCUGUCAGUGUGUAUCGCCUCACGUGCCUAUCGUGGUUUCGGCAGGGUGUACCACAUUUCGAUCGCCUGA